UCUUACUCGAUUGGCAUCUUCCCCAUUCGUAUCUUCUUUUCCGCAUCGGCAGCUCCUCUCCCAUGGAGUGACCGAUUCUCUUCCUCGCGCCAUGCUCCGGCCAGCGUAUCUACAGUAGGACGGGGUCAGUCGCCUCACCGAAGGUGUGCAUCGGCAAUCUCGACGGCAACUGCGGUGGCGGUCUCAAUUGGCUGCGGCAGCGGUUUCGACACCAGCGGCAGUAGAGGGAAGGUGCUGACGGUGUCACAGUGUGGAGUGUGGAGUUCGCAUCUGGAAUGAGGCGGUGUGCUGAAGGUCGGUUUGGAGUUAGCAUCGUUGAAUGAACUGAGGCGGUGGGGAGAGGGUUUUAUUUUUUUUUAUUUGACCCUUAAUUUCAUUAAGGGCAGUUUUGUCCAAUCAGUCCAUUUUCGGUCCUAUUAAUUAUGAGAGUCCUACUUGUGCACUUCAACAUUGAUUUAGUCCCAUUUAGGGAAUUAUUUCAUUGGGAAACUAGUUUAGAACUAGUAUAAAUACAUCCUCCUCCUUCAUAAUUCGGUGACCAGUUUUCAGAUUCAGUAUUACCAGUUUAUUUCCCUGCAAAGAGAUUUCCUAGCCUUUCUUUAAGGGAGAUCUAACCGUUCUUUCGAAAAGGAGAAAUCACGUGGAUACCUAAGGUCAAAGAUUAUUACUGCUAGGCUGGAAGAUCUGUAAGUUCCAACUCAGAUCUGUUAUUAUUGUUAUAUUCGUUGUUUUGUCAUAAUCAGGGAAGAUCUGUUUGGGAAAAUUUUAAACUUCCGCUGCUGUACUUUUGAGGCUUUUAAGAAUGUCGAAUUUAUCAUUGAGAAGUAUCUUGGAUACAUGCAAGCUGACUGGACCAAACUUUCUGGACUGGGAAAGAAAUGUGCGUUUAGUUCUUAGGCGAGAAAAUAUUGAGUAUGUGUUAGACACACCAGUACCCAAGAUUCCUGAUGCCAACUCUCCUGAGUUUGCCACGUUUGACCUGACUGCUCGAGAGAAACACGUUACUGAUGCUAAAAUUGGGCAAUGUGUUAUGUUGGCUGCAAUGUCUAUGGAGUUGCAAAGGCAGCAUGAUAGGAUGAGCGCCUUCGAGAUGCUUGAACACUUGAAAAGUUUGUUUGAUUCAGAAAGUCAAACUCUAGAGUAUGAACUUCUGACAGACAUUUUCAAGUGUAGGCUUCAAGAGGGUGGCAAUGUGUCUGAACACGUCCUCAAAAUGAUUAGCUUAAUUGAAAGAGUUGCUACCACCGGAAUUAAGUUUGAGGAUCGCGUCUCAGCUGCUAUCAUUCUAUAUUCGCUUCCGAGUUCAUUUACUAACUUCAUUGUGAAUUAUAAUUUGAACAAAACGAAAGCGACCAUGCCUGAACUCCAUAACAUGCUCAAGUCUUAUGAAGCCUCAACCUCUAAGGGAAAGACUGUUCUUAUGGUAAGCUCUAAUGCUAAGUCUCGUUCUAAGAACAAGAAUAAGCAAAAGAAGAAAGGUAAGGUUGGACCUACUCCUACAGCUCUGAAGGCUAAAGGCAGAGGUCAUAUGAAGCCAAAGGUUGCGAAGGAUGUUUGCCUCUACUGUAAAGAGAAGGGGCACUGGAAGAGAGAUUGUGAGCUAUAUAAGGCUAAUCUAGCCAAAGCACCGGGUGCUUCUAGCUCAGAAGCCUGAGAGGCAGUGUAGCAGUUGGACUGGGUAAAAUUGACCUACAUGUGAAGGCUGGAGCAAAGGUUGCUGCUGAACGUGAUGGGAACUAAUAGUUUAGAUUUACCCAGUGGUUUUAGAUUAGAAUUAAAUAAUUGUUAUUUCAUUCUUUCUAUUACCAAGAAGAUUAUUUCCAUUCAUAUGUUAGACAUUAAAAGGUUUCUAUUUCCAUUUUGCUAAUAAUAAUUGUUAUUUUCGUAAAA